GAAGCGGAUGUUGUUGUCGUGAUCAUCGUAGCAGCAUCCGGAAUUGAGAGCUGCCUAGCUUGACCAAACUGCUGCUAACGGUGAAAUGAUCCACUUCACACCUGGAAGAACAGCGCGGCGGUAGCGAAUGGGCCUGAUACUCAACAAUGGCCGCGGUUUUUGUCGAUUCGUGUCGUGUUCUUAGUCUGUCCGUGGGCAUCAGCUCGACCAGUUAGCACGGCGGGCUAACUGGCCGAUUAAAUACUGACAAGUGCUCUCAAGAGGUGACGGGGGAGGAAACCUGUGGUAAGAAGAGAAAAUCAUUAACUUUAUACGUAACGUGAUUUUCUCUUCUCAUACCAGGCUGAUAACUGGAACUAGUGUGAUCGGGAACUUCUUUAUGAGGAUUGUUGUCUUUGUUGGCUUCUGGUUUUAAAUGUCUGUAGGUGGUAGAUGUAGUCAAUGACCCGAUGACACAACAGACAAGAUAACGCGACGCUGCUCUGCUUUGGUUUUAUAGUUUGACUGCGGGCUCUUGUUAACGGAAGUCUCCCCUGGUCCGUGAAGUCUACAAGAAGAGAAUAUGGAUAUCUUAAUGAUCAUGUUUACAUAGCUGAUGAGUGAUUGCACCUGCACCUAACCGGUCUGCUCUGGUUAUAUGGGUGAUUCGUGUUUUGAAUGUGAACGUGUGACAUGUCCUGUGUCGUGGAUAAGGUCCGGGUGACAGCGUGGAAAAGCAAACAGGUGUGACAGAACAUCCUGGGUAACAUCCCAGUAACUUCAUUUGUACGUACUUACAUUUACAUAUUAUCUGCUUACUUGAAUUCAACAUUCCUUUAGAGAAUAUUCAAUUGUGAUUUGGAUUAAUGGUGCACAUACAUAGUCCUGUUUAUUUUAUGUCGGCUGAGAAACAGGUAGAUCCUAACUGACAAAAUGUGUACUUGUUCUUCUUGGAUUGUUUUGUAAGCUCUGUAGAUGGAUUAUAGCUUAAAUGGGUUGCCGUAGGUGAGUUCUUUUGGUGUAACAUUAGUGCUGUAUGGUUACGGUGGUCAGUGGUAAAUGUAUAAGACAUUUAGAGAAAAAGGGAUUUUUCCUAUCUUUCCGAUAUUGUGAUUUCAAUUUGUGAUUUUCUUUACAAUACAAACGUCACUUCAAUAUUCAGUGCAUUAUACAUUGAAAAAGGUGGUGAGGCAUUAAUGCAAGGCAUCUAAAAAUAGACUCUUUUCACUAAGGCAAAGAAGUGAAACUCGUUUCCAACAUGUUAUUUUUGUUUAAGCUGAUGUAGAGCACAGAACAUUUUAAUUGCAGCCAGUGCUAUAGGCUAAUUGCUCAGCCCUAGUAAUGAGUGGGUAUUAGCGCAGUGACUGACUGAGAACCAAGUAGUUGUAUGCUGUGACCUUGUCUACCUACCACAAUGCCACCGGUACUGUUCUUACUGAUGCUGUCCGGAGCGAUGUUCACUCUUGGACAGUCCAUGACUCGGGAGGAGAAGCAACAGUUGAGGAACCAAGUUGUUGAGAUGUUUGACCACGCAUAUCAAAACUAUAUGGACCAUGCAUACCCGGCAGAUGAGCUGAUGCCUCUGACGUGCAGAGGAAGAGUACGUGGGCUUGAACCCAGUCGAGGUGACGUAGACGACGCUUUGGGAAAGUUCUCACUGACCCUAAUUGAUACUCUGGAUACUCUGGUGCUUUUAAAUAAGACGACAGAGUUUGAGGCUGCAGUGAGGAGAGUCCUGUCGGACGUGAGGCUGGAUAAUGACAUUGUUGUGUCAGUCUUUGAAACCAACAUUCGAGUCCUUGGAGGUUUGUUAGGAGGCCACUCCAUGGCUGUGAUGCUGAAGGAAGGAGGUCAGAGCAUGCAGUGGUACCAGGAUGAGCUCCUGCAUAUGGCCAAAGACAUGGGUCUUCGACUGCUGCCGGCCUUCAACACCAGCAGUGGCCUGCCAUAUCCUCGGGUGAAUUUGAAAUACGGUGUGAGGGGUCCUGAGACUAGAACGGGCACAGAGACGGAGACUUGCACUGCGUGUGCAGGAACCAUGAUCCUUGAGUUUGCUGCCUUAAGUCGAUUUACUGGGGACCCAGUGUUUGAGGCCCAUGCUCGUAGAGCCAUGGACUUCCUGUGGGAGAAGAGACAGCGGAACAGUAACCUGGUUGGGACCACCAUCAACAUACAUAAUGGAGAGUGGGUCAGACGAGACAGUGGAGUCGGAGCGGGAAUUGACUCGUACUAUGAAUACCUGCUAAAGGCCUACGUCCUCUUGGGAGAUGACCUCUUUCUGCAGCGGUUCAAUAUCCACUAUGCAUCUAUAAUGAAGUACAUCAGCCAGCCUCCUCUGCUUCUGGAUGUCCACAUUCACAAACCUCUGCUUCCUGCUCGGACCUGGAUGGACUCUCUGCUGGCCUUCUUCCCUGGACUGCAGGUGCUGAAAGGAGAUAUCCGUCCUGCGAUCGAGACCCAUGAGAUGUUGUAUCAAGUUACCAAGAAGCACAACUUCCUCCCAGAGGCUUUCACUACUGAUUUCAGGGUCCACUGGGCCCAACAUCCCCUGAGACCUGAGUUUGCAGAGAGCACCUACUUCCUAUACAAGGCCACAGGAGACUCUUAUUACCUGGAGGCAGGGCGCACCAUCCUGGACAACCUCAAUCGCUUUGCUCGUGUUCCCUGCGGCUUUGCUGCAAUGAAGGACGUGCGCACAGGCAGCCACGAGGAUCGGUGAGAAAACAAGAGCUCAAGAUCAUUUAU